ACACACUUUCUCUGUCACACACACACAUACACUGAGGCUCUGCUGCUGCUGCUGUAAAAUGGCGGCCGGCGGUGAAGCUGUUAGCGGGAAUAGCCGCGGCUCUAGCGCGGUCCUCGAGUCCACCUUAGACCGGCGAUUUCAGGGCCUUUCGAACACCAUGGAGUCCAUUCAGGGAUUAUCCACCUGGUGCAUCGAGAACAAGAAAUACCACAGCUUAAUCGUGCGCUCGUGGCUCAAGUGGAUGCGAAAAUCCGAUCCUUCUCACAGGCUCAAUCUCUUCUACCUGGCCAAUGAUGUCAUUCAGAACUGCAAGAGGAGAAACGCCAUUGUCUACCGCACCACCUUCACGGACGUUCUGCCCGAAGCUGUGAAGCUCGUCAGUAUUGGGAAAGACUCCAAGGUGCGUAAAUCAGUGGACAGGAUUCUGUCCAUCUGGGAAGAGAGAAACGUUUACUCUGAGGAGCUUAUUAACCAGCUAAAAGAUGGUCUCGUCCAGCGAGAAGAACCCCCAGUUUCAGCUCCUGUCAACCAGAAGGCUGCUUUAAGAUCCAAGAUAGUUGCUGAGUUUGUGCCCUCAGCAAUUAUUGAGCACCUCAACAAGUACAGGAGCUCCAUGGAUGAGGUUGAGCUCAGGGAGAAGCAGCUAGCUGCGAUGAGGGUGGACGUCUGCAGCACAGUCGCUCUGAAGAAACUCAAAGAUAAAGCAGGUGGCAAACGGUUUUCUAAAGAUUUUGAAGACGGCAGUGCAAAACUGCAGGACUUUGUGGCCUUCCUAGACAGAGAGGUCAAAAAGGGACCUGCACUGAUCGAGGCUCUGGAGAACGCCGACAUUUUCUAUGAGAUGCAGUACAAAGAGGUCAAGAUUGUUACCAAUGCCUAUCAGACUUUCGCCAACAGAGUCUUACAUCUUAAGAAGAAACUGGACGCAAUCAAAUCUUCCUUACCUGAUCCAGACGACUCGCCAAUCCCUUCUCCUUCGGAGGACGCUCCAUCCCCCACGGGUUCCGAGUCACCUUUCCACGGUUUAACGCAGACCAAUUCCCCAGACCCAGAGCUGGACGGGCAGGCACUGGAUGACGACAUGAUCGCCCUUUGUGAUGUCCCUAGUCCUCUUUCCUCUCCUGGGGACAAAGACAAUCGGGAUGUAGAGGACAUGGACCUCUCAGAUGUUGAGGAGUUAGUGGAACCGGCCAUUAUAGUCGAGGAAAGGAAAGAGCAGCCCGGUCCUGCCAGUGUCUCCAGUCAGACUCUGGCUCCUAGUGUCACCGAACCACCUCAAGCUAGUCAGGCUGCCCCGGAGAACGGAACUACAACCCCAGCGCCGGCCACAACCCCGACAACAGGGUCGCUUCCCAUUAACCUGGCUGGUGUGGAUCUGGGCAAAAUCAGCUCUAUUAUUAGCACACUCACAAACGCUAUGAAGAACACCGGUACAGGAGUCAACCCAGCAAGUCGGCCCUCCACCAGUACUUCGAAUACUCUUCCCUCAACAAGUUCAACGAUGAAAAGCCCACCAGUGUCUUCUUCACCAGCAGCUCCUGCAUCUAACUCUCUGGCCAAAAUACUAUCCAGGGUGGACAUUAACCCUGGCACCCUGCUAAACGUCCUGUCUAAAACCCAAGCACAAGGGAUUGGCUUUCAGGGACUGUCUUCCUUCCUGUCAAGUCAGAACUCAACUCCUUCAGGCUUGAGUUUGGACACAGCCCCAAACCCCACUUACAAAAGUCAUGCGUCUCCCAAUACCAAUCCACUGCCCCCUGCUCCCAAAGUGGUUCAAGCCUCUACCCCUCAAACGACCGUGUCUCUCCAGUCUUCUCAGUCUCCCAGCACUAUGCAGUCCAAGGAUCCUCAAAAAGAUGCAGCGGAACAGAAAGACAAGCCUGUCAACUCUACACUGGACUCCAAAAUCGAUGGGUUCCUUCAGGGGAAUCCCGGGUUGCAAGGCUUCAAUAUGAAUUUCCCACCUGUUCUUCCCUGGGGCGCUAAAGCUGUUGAUAGUCCCUUAGCGAGCACAGAAAACCUAGGGGGAACUCCUGUCAGGGAUGAGUCCGGCGCAACACCGACGCAAGACGAGGUCAUGGAUGAGCCCGCAGCACAACCGCUCUCGUAUCAAGAAAGACCUGCGCAAACAACUUCAGCACCAGCUGGUCCUGUCCCUAGAGCGGGCGGUGGACUGCCCAUGUCCGCAUACACUAACAAUUCCUGGCAGGAGCAGAACAGGCAUGCUUUGCAGUAUGGUCCGGGGUCGCAGCAAGCUGGAAAUCGUUACCAGAGGGAUUUUACGUUAAAACAGGACUUCCCAAGCUCAGGGGUAACAGGGCGGUCUCAGCUUGUUGAAUCUUUGUUGCCGUCGUCAAUGACAGACAGUAAUCUGAAAACUACUAAGAACAAUGAGAUCCUGACGACACCAUUCUCCGUUGGUGGAGCAGACGGUGCCAGUUCGGCAAACGAUGGCUGGUAUCGUGAUCCGCGUGGACACGAUCAGAACCAGCAUUCUGGUGCCAACUCCGAACCAUAUAAAGAAAACCAGCACCAAUCUGAAGAACGUAGACACGACACCAACCAGACAAAUUUCUUCAACAACCCACUACCUCCCCCUCCACCGAUCCCUCAGCUUCCACCUCCUCCACAAGACUUCCUCCCCUCAGUGGUAGGCGGAGUCAAAGAUCCUAGUGAGCUGGGAAAAAUGGGUGACAACGUACAGGCCAGUGGCGACGUCCCGCCGUAUCGCUCAACGAAUCCUGUCUCUCACGAUGAUUACGAUGAGCGUCUUCCCAACCGGAUCCCGGCAAAAGAGACUUUCCAUCCCCAUUUGAACGCCCCAGGGCCACGGCAUUGCGGCACAGUCGCGCCACGUCCAGUUUGUCCGGGUCCCCAGAACGGCCCUGGGGACUUCAACCAUCGUCCCAGAGUCCCUGUGCACAAUCAGCACCACCCUGGUAUGCCCCGGCCAACCCCCCCGGGGCAUGUCCGAGGGUACCACGAGGCUUCGAGUUCUGAGGACGCCUAUUUGGAUCCACACAGUGAUGCUCCCCCAAACAGCUCUUCUUCUCCUCCUCCUCCUUACAACGUUGAGCACCCUGUCUCAUCUCAUACGCGCACGUUUUUUCCUGAAGAAAGAGCUUUACCGCUGCAUCAUCCGGAACCGAGGUUACGUCCGCGCCUCGAGCACAGGACUCCUCAUCCUCCACAUCACUAUCGCCCUCCACGUCCUGGUCCCUUUCCACCGCAGGGACCGCUCCGUCGUCCUCCACCGCCGCAUGUCUCUCAUCACGGCGAGCCACCUUUCCAAAGAGGGAAGCGACUCGCCGCUCCAUUCGGUGGUCCUUCAAGACCCGCGGGUCCUUUCUUCCCGCCAAAAAGACCUUUCCUGCCACCACGAUACUGAACUUGUAGCACGUAGAAGUACAGGGUUUACCUGCUGAAGAAAUGCGCAAUGCUGACCUUCCUCUAGGCUUCGUUAGAUUCCACCCCAAACCUUCUACUGUUCACACGUGACUGUGACACGCCGUGGUCUCGUUCAUCUUGAGGAUCUGUGCUCAAUUUUUUUGC